AAACUUAUUUUUUAAUACCAUUUUUAUUUAAAAACACUAGUUAUCAUUCUCGCAAUUUCGUUUCCUAUUUCGAAUGACAGCAAAUAUAAUUAGUUUGAACUUUAUUGUUCAAAAAUAUAGACAUAUAAAUAUCAUCUUCCUAGACAAAUUUUUUUUUAAUGUAGUGAAAAAUGCAAUUCAAACUUGAUAGCCGAAAAUAAAAAUAAAUCUAUAUCCUCCAGCAAGAAGGAAACCCUGUUAAGUACCCUUAUCUUGGUAAGAAAUAAAGAGCUACAAGUCCCAGCAUAGUCACUUUAUUAUACUUGCAUUUCUAUUUUAUAACAGUAAUUAAAACUUUUCAGAUGUUAAGAUGAUUUACAAGAUAUGGCGUGAAGCUGUGAGACAUGUAUAAUGAGAAAGAAACAUAAAUUAUGUAAUAUUAUUUUUUUCAGAUAUGUUUUUCCUUUAUAUGAAAUGUCCUUUCUAUGGAUACCUGUGUUUGCUUGUUUAGUUACAUUAAUCAGUGGUAUUAUCGGGAGUUACUUAUUAAUUUGCUGCAUAGCUAAACAGGACGUGCAUCCUAAAACGUUAAGUCCAAUAGUACGGAGCUUCUAUUUCAGAGCGAAAUUAAAAACAUUCAGUAAAGCAGAUCCUGUAGAAAUGUUGGCGCCUGGAACGAAGGAACAGAGAAGCUUUAACACAUUUCCAGAAACACAUAUGAAGAAAACUUGAUAAUUAAGUGAUUUUAUUUUAUUCAAGCUAAAAAUUGUGAGCUUUAAAAAAAUGUACAUUUCAACUUUAAACUUUUGCUUAUUUAGAGCAUCUUCUAAAUCAUGACGUUUCUUUGACUGUUAAAGCGUGAACGUGAUUAGAAUGUGUUCUUUUAACAAGUGUAAGAAAUAUUUAAAUUAAAAAAUAAUUAUUAUUUUAA